AGCCGUUCACACCAGGUCUGAUAGCCCAGCUGGAGAAUGAAGAGGAGCUCUGCAUGGUGGAGGCCCGAGGAGGAAGCCAGGGUGGAUGUGCUGUGGAGAAUGAUGAAGACAUGGAGUUAAGCUCCCUUUGUCCCAGAGAGCUCUCCUCCUGUCAGACCUGGCCACAGGGUGCAGGCUUGUUACCCAGGGAUCAGGAUCCCAUGAAAAGAUGUCUAAAGAGCAACACCGAGUCUCAGAACCAAGGAGAUUCUUCCUUCCUGGUGUGCGCAGGGAGGCUGGUUCAGAUUUCUGAGGAUGGGAACUACGUGUUGCCUCCUGUAGAUGAUGACUCUGCCUCUCUGAGAAGUCAAGAGUUUCAUUCACUGAGAGCCCAGCAGUCUUGGCAGGAAUCACAUCUCAGUGGGUCAUGUAAUCGCCAAUGGAAAGGUCAGCGAAUGCCCACAAGAAAUCAUUUCCGUGGAUGUGACAGCGUCAGUUGGUUCUCAUACCACAGUAACAAUGAGGGGUUACACAGAAAGGGGGAAAGCUGUAGUUUCCAUGACCUCAGAGAAGAGACCAUGAAGGUAUCUUCACUUAAGCAGGACUUCAUUAAACUAGGGCUGGUGCCCUGCCCAUGUGGUAAGUUAAGAAAAGCCUGUGGCCAUGGUGACAACAAUGAGCCUGGCUCUCACACACAUCAACAGUUCAACUCAAGAGGGAAGCCCUGUCCAUGCAGUUCACAUGGAGAGGGCUCUCAGGACAGGUCAGCUCUUUACAUCCAUCAGAGUGUGGAAACAGGAGAUGAAGGUACAGCUGAGAGUUCUCUUCUGUGGUCCCCUCUGAGACUGUGUACAGAGCAAAUGCUGUGCCAGGGCAGUGAGAACGCCCAUCAUGCCUCCCCUCUCAACCCUUGUAGAUGUGUCCACCCGGGCGACACCUCCCAGAAGAGCGGCAUCCCUGAGAAAGCUUUGCCUUGUUGUUUACACUAUAAUAGUAAUUUUAGUGUCCACACUAGGGAAGAGCCCAAAAAGUGUAAAGAGAAUGGGAAUGUUUCUAGUCAGAGUUUGUAUCUUCAAGCUAAUCAGGAUAUCCAAGCUGAAGAGAAACUAUAUCCAGGUAUGGUAUGUAGAAAAGAUUUCACACAUUGCUCAAAUUUUAACACUGAACACAGAGUUCACAUGGAAGAUACUGUCUAUAACUCUGAGUGUGGUGACCACUUCAGUCUGCCCCCACAUUUCCAGGACUUUUCAGCAGUGUACCCCAGGGAACAACCACAUAAACAUUUAUGCAGUACAAGCUUUGAUCAAAACCACCAGAAAGUUCACACUGGGGAGAAACCAUACAAGUGUGAGCAGUGCGGGAAGGGCUUCAGUCGGAGUUCAAACCUUCAAGGUCACCGGAGAGUUCAUACAGGAGAGAAACCGUAUAAGUGUGAAGAGUGUGGAAAGGGCUUCAGAUGGAACUGUAAUCUUCAAAUUCAUCAGCGGGUUCACACAGGAGAGAAACCCUAUAAAUGUGGAAAAUGUGGCAAAGGCUUUAGUAAGGCCUCAACUCUCCUGGUCCACGAGAGGGUCCACAUGGGAGAGAAACCUUACCAGUGUCUCGAGUGUGGGAAGGCCUACAAUAGGUAUUCCAAUCUCCAGAUACAUCACAGAAUCCAUACUGGGGAGAAGCCAUUUAAAUGUGAGGUGUGUGGGAAAGGUUUCACCCAGAAGUCAAAUCUUCAGUCUCAUCAGCUUGUCCAUACGGGAAGGAAACCCUACAAAUGUGACACAUGUGGUAAGGGAUUCAGUAGGAAUUCAGGUCUUCUGAUGCAUCAGAAAGUCCAUAGCAGUGAUAGUUUCUAUAGGAGGGAAGAGUAUAGGAAUGGUUCCCAUCCUUCUGAGAACCUAUGCAGAGAUGAAGGCCUGUCAAAUACUGUUCUAUGUGGAAUAUGUGGCAAAGGCUUCAGAUGGAACUGUAAUCUUCAAAUUCAUGAGCGGGUUCACACAGGAGAAAAACCCUAUAAAUGUGAAAAAUGUGGCAAAGGCUUUAGUAUCGCCUCCAGUCUCCUGGUCCAUGAGAGAGUCCACAUGGGAGAGAAGCCUUACCAGUGUGUUGAGUGUGGAAAAGCCUACAAUAGGUAUUACAAUCUCCAGAUACAUCACAGAAUCCAUACUGGGGAGAAGCCAUUUAAAUGUGAGGUGUGCGGGAAAGGUUUCACCCAGAAGUCAAAUCUUCAGUCUCAUCAGCUUGUCCAUACGGGAAGGAAACCCUACAAAUGUGAUACAUGUGGUAAGGGAUUCAGUAGGAAUUCAGGUCUUCUGAUGCAUCAGAAAGUCCAUAGCAGUGAUAGUUUCUAUAGGAGGGAAGAGUAUAGGAAUGGUUCCCAUCCUUCUGAGAACCUAUGCAGAGAUGAAGGCCUGUCAAAUACUGUUCUGUUUUGUUAAUGAAAAGUGGUUUUUAUACCCAACAUGAAUGCCAGUGGUUGCUGGGAAACAACACAUAAUAGAGAUUCAUCAAGUGUUUGCCAACAUCUCAACAAGCUCUUGGAGAGGAUCAAAGAGCUUCCUCCGAAUGUAAGCAGGAAAUAGCAAAAGUUUGAUUAUAUGUAGAAGUUUCAUUUCUCACAGCCAAUUGGUCCCUAAUAUCUGGACCUAGAAGCUGCUUCCCAAAUUACCAUGCAGAGGCUUAAUAUUACUUAAAAAUACUCUGUUAAUAGCUCAGGCUUAUUAUUAACUAUCUCUUCCAGUUUUAAGUUAACUGUUAUUCCUUAAUUAUGCAUUGGCAUGUGGUGGUCCCUGUUCUCAAUAGGGCAUACCCAUCUUACUUUCUCUUGGGUUUGACCUGAGUCUCCUGAACCUCCUAUUCCUUACCAUCCCUUAUCAUUCUUAGUUUGGUUGUCCCACCUAUACUUUCUGCCUGGUUACUGUCCGGUCAGCCUUUUAUUAAACCAAUUUGUGUAACAAAUCUUU